UUUAGGAAAAUAAAGUUAUGACUUCCUUUUUCUAACAACACUCUCCUUCCUUUGUGUAACCCUAAAGAUGCUGACACUCUCCUUUCUUUGUCUAACCCUAAAGAAGCCGACACUCAUCUACCACUCUUUCUCUUACAAACGCAUAUACUCUUUCUCAUAAUUGAUAACCUCCUACAAACUUAAGAAGAGAUAUGUCGUCCUUAGAUGAUCCGUUUAACAUCCAAACGCAGCAUCCACGCGUACAACCUUCAUCAAUAGAAACCAUUAGCGACCACCACGACCACCGAAUCCUUCUGAUCUUCAACCCCUAUCCCUCAUCUAGAUCUACACGACGAUUGGAGAAACCCAACAGGGUUAUGUUGAGGUUGUGUCGGUUCUUAUUGGUUGCUGCUUCUCUUGUUGCUGAAACGCGUCUGCUUCUUAAUUUACAGAAAUUUGAAGGAGAGAUUAGCAGGAAGUUCUUGUUUAUUCAUAAUUGCAUCCGUAUUCGAAAGUGGUUAGGGUUCAAUUGGUUUAAUUUCAUAGAUCGACAAACCCUAGAAAUACUAACAUUCACGCUUCUGAUGCAAUAAAUUCUUAAUAGAACAUUGUACAGUUUAAGGAUUUAAUGUACGAAGCAUUAACAAUUGAAGAAAGUUGGGACAGAGAUGAAGAUAUGAAAUAAAUUAUCCACUAAUUACUCAAUCCUCAGUGCCUUCACUCUCGUUGUUUCUCCAUCUUCAGUUCCAUUACCGGUGAUUAACAUAAAAAGGAAAAUCUUAAGAGAAACCAUCAGAAAAUGUUUUUUUAACUCAAAAUCGGUUCUUCCUCACACAUAGGUCUUAUCUGCUGCUGAUGGCUCCUUAAACGGUUCUGAGAUAAACUGCAUGGGUUGCCGACAGAUCUUGAUUGUCCGAUAUUUCAUUUCUUAGAUGAAAAAAGCUACAUGGAGAGGGAAAAUUAUUAGCUUUGUAAGGGUUCUAUUGGUUAAUGAGCUCAAGAAACUAUCUGCAACAAACCUAUGUUUCCAAUUGGCAUGAUGAUUGUAGAUAAAGAAAAUAGGCCUAAUGAGGCUAUCCAACUUGAUGUAAAUACACAAAAGGAAAAAGAAAAUUAUAUAAUAAGACAUAUUAUGAACGACUAAAGGAGAAGAAGAAAAUGAGACAAACAGCUAAUGGAGAAGUAAGUAGUCAAAACAUGACACCUAUGACAAAUGUGUCUACAACACAGAGGACCCUGGCUGAUAUUACUAAUGUAACUCCUACAAGUGUAUUGGAUUUUGCUCAAAGGAAAUCGAUUAAGAACAGAAAUGCAUAUCAACGACGCAAGGAACGAAACUCACCGACAACACCUAUUGAAAUUAGUCAUUAGGAUCCAUAUAGCUUUGUUUAUAAUGGUAUCCCUAAAGAACAUCGUGUUUUGAAGGUACAACAACCAUGUGCUCAUUGUGGAGCAAAACGAUUUCAGUUUGAAUUCCCUACCUUUUGUUGCAUGGAUGGUAAGACAAAGUUAUCACAUUCCUCUAUUCCUGAAGAAUUACUCAACCUCUUCACAUCCAGAAACGAAUUAGGUAGGACAUUUAGACAAAUGAUACGUUGCUACAACAGCAACUUUUCUUUCGCAUCAAUUGGCGUUAAUUAUGACAAAACAUUGACAAAUAUGACAUCUAGAGUAUACACCUUUUGUGUGAAUGGAGGAUUAUAUCAUAGAAUCGAUCAGUUGAUUCCAAGAGAUGGAAUACCUCGGUACUUACAGUUGUAUUUUUAUGAUGCUGAUUAUGAGAUGUCACAUAGACUCCAAAGGAAGAAUAUUGAUAAAGAAAUUGCUGGAAAGUUGAUUCGUGUUCUUGCUACAAACCCAUACGUGAAGACAUUUCGAAGACUUACUGAUCUAGGGCCGCUUGACAAUUACAGAGUCACUUUAAAUGCAUCAGUAGAACUUGAUCAAAGGGUAUACAACCGACCAACCACAUCUGAGGUCGCUGGUAUUUGGGUUGAAGGUAACGACAACAUAGCCGCAUAUAAACGAAGUAUUAUCGUUUAUGGAAAAUCCGAGAAACCGCAAACAAUUCAAUCUUAUUGGGGAUGUUAUGAUCCAUUGUGUUAUCCUUUAUUUUUUUCUAACGGUGAGUCUGGAUGGCAUUCAAAAAUCCCAAGACAUGGAUUUUCCAUCAAUGAUAUUAUUAAUGACGAUGAAGACAUCGGGGAUGAUUUAGAAGACUCUAAUACAAAAAAAAGGGUGGAAUACUGUAUCUAUGCAAGAGUACUAUUGCUAUAAGUUUCAAAUUCGGCCAAAUUAUAAUGUAAUUUUGUUGGGAGGGAGCAACUUUUAGUAGGACAUUUAGACAAAUGAUACGUUGCUACAACAGCAACUUUUCUUUCGCAUCAAUUGGCGUUAAUUAUGACAAAACAUUGACAAAUAUGACAUCUAGAGUAUACACCUUUUGUGUGAAUGGAGGAUUAUAUCAUAGAAUCGAUCAGUUGAUUCCAAGAGAUGGAAUACCUCGGUACUUACAGUUGUAUUUUUAUGACGCUGAUUAUGAGAUGUCACAUAGACUCCAAAGGAAGAAUAUUGAUAAAGAAAUUGCUGGAAAGUUGAUUCGUGUUCUUGCUACAAACCCAUACGUGAAGACAUUUCGAAGACUUACUGAUCUAGGGCCGCUUGACAAUUACAGAGUCACUUUAAAUGCAUCAGUAGAACUUGAUCAAAGGGUAUACAACCGACCAACCACAUCUGAGGUCGCUGGUAUUUGGGUUGAAGGUAACGACAACAUAGCCGCAUAUAAACGAAGUAUUAUCGUUUAUGGAAAAUCCGAGAAACCGCAAACAAUUCAAUCUUAUUGGGGAUGUUAUGAUCCAUUGUGUUAUCCUUUAUUUUUUUCUAACGGUGAGUCUGGAUGGCAUUCAAAAAUCCCAAGACAUGGAUUUUCCAUCAAUGAUAUUAUUAAUGACGAUGAAGACAUCGGGGAUGAUUUAGAAGACUCCAAAGGAAGAAUAUUGAUAAAGAAAUUGCUGGAAAGUUGAUUCGUGUUCUUGCUACAAACCCAUACGUGAAGACAUUUCGAAGACUUGCUGAUCUAGUGCCGCUUGACAAUUAUAGAGUCACUUUAAAUGCAUCGGUAGAACUUGAUCAAAGGGUAUACAACCGACUAACCACAUCUGAGGUCGCUGGUAUUUGGGUUGAAGGUAACGACAACAUAGCCGCAUAUAAACGAAGUAUUAUCGUUUAUGGAAAAUCUGAGAAACCGCAAACAAUUCAAUCUUAUUGGGGAUGUUAUGAUCCAUUGUGUUAUCCUUUAUUUUUUCCUAACGGUGAGUCUGGAUGGCAUUCAAAAAUCCCAAGACAUGGAUUUUCCAUCAAUGAUAUUAUUAAUGACGAUGAAGACAUCGGGGAUGAUUUAGAAGGUACACAUAUCAUAACUUUUAAAAUUUUAGUUAAGUUAACAAACAUUACAUUUUGUACACAACAUUAAUUCUUAAUUUUUUUCACGACAUCAACAUUGGUUAGACUCUAAUACAAAAAAAGGGCGGAAUACUGUAUCUAUGCGAGAGUACUACUGCUAUAAGUUUCAAAUUCGGCCAAAUUAUAAUGUAAUUUUGUUGAGAGGGAGAUUGCUACAACAGUUUGUAGUAGAUAUCUACAUCAAGCUUGAGACUUCACGUUUGGAUUUUUAUAGAAAAAACCAGUCCAAAAUAAGAGCAGAUUUAUACCAAGGUGUAGUGGAUUGUGUUAAUGCUGGUGAGGUUCGACCGACUAUGAUAGGGCAAUGUGUCGUGUUGCCUGCAAGUUUCAUCGGAGGACCCCGUGACAUGCGGCGACGAUUUCUUGACGCCAUGACUUUAGUUCAAGAUGACGGGAAGCCUGACAUAUUUCUUACAAUGACAUGCAAUCCAAAUUGGCCAGAAAUAAAAAAUGAGUUACUACCUUGGCAGACGGCCCAAGAUCGAUCAGAACUUGUGUCAAGAGUUUUUCGUGCUAAGUUAGAGGAUCUUAAGAAACAACUCCUCAAUAAGCAUGUACUUGGUGUAGUGGGUUCGUACGUUUAUGUCAUUGAGUUUCAAAAGCGUGGUUUGCCGCAUGCGCAUUUCCUCUUGAUAAUGAUGCCUCCAUACAAGCUUACUAAUGCAGACCAUUACGACAAAAUAGUAUGUGCUGAAAUUCCAGACCCAAUAAGGUAUCCUAAAAUGCACGAAUUGGUCAUCUCACACAUGAUACAUGGUCCUUGCGGUAGCUUAAACUCUUAUUGUCCUUGUAUGAAUAAUGAGCAAAAGAAAUCUCGUUUUAGAUACCCUCGACAAUUCAAUGAAACAACAUUACAAGGAAAGGACUCAUAUCCUGUGUACCGAAGAAGAGAUAAUGGUAUAGAGGUGGACAUACUGGGCAAUAAGAUGGAUAACAGAUGGGUUGUCCCGUAUAACCCAAAGUUGUUAAUGAUGUUUAACUGCCAUAUGAAUGUUGAAGUCUGCUCGAGUAUAACCUCUGUGAAAUAUGUGUUUAAGUAUAUUUACAAGGGCCAUGACAAACAAGUUAUCAAUAUUGAUCCGGAUGGACAACCAGUUGUUAUCAAUGAGAUAAAACGGUAUCAGGAUGCACGAUAUGUCUCACCUCCUGAGGCAAUAUGGAGGAUUUUUAGGUUCCCCCUUUCUCAGAUAUACCCUUGUGUGAUGGCUUUGCAGGUGCAUCUCCCAAAUCAACAGUUAGUUAGGUUCAGUGAGGAUGAUACACUGCCUAGCGUUGUUGAAAAGGAGAGAGAUAAUAGAUCAUUGUUGACUGCGUUUUUUCUAAAAAAUAAAGAAGAUAUUCGUGCAAGAGAAUAUAAAUACAGAGAUUUUCCUAAAAAGUUUACGUGGGAUCCGAUGUCACAUCGUUAG